UCACUAUAAUUAAUCAUUAUCUCUUAGAGCUCAUCGCGUUUUCAGGUACGCAGUCUUGCUCGAAAAACGUUCCACACUUCAAACCAAGCGAGAUGCAAACGAGUGGGAAAACAGUUCUUGGUCUUCUUCUCCUCUCACUUGAGCAAUGCCGUCGCCUGUUGCUUUGUACAACUUCUCUUUGCCAGACUUGUUCGAGGAUAUGAGUGGAAAUGGGGUUAAGCUCGAAAACGUUGGCCAAUAUCAAUUGACUGAGGGACCAACUGGUGAUAAAGAUGGCGCCGUUUUGUUUUUUGGGACAGACGGAUCAUACAGAAUACUUAAUAGAAAUGAAAAAACAGACACAAGGGACAGCUGGAAUGGGGUACAUUUCUGGUUUAGAACACCAACAGAAUUGUACCUCCAGAUACCAGAGCGCAGCACGGGUAAAAAAUACGACGCUUUGACAUACAGCAGCCUCCCUACCAAAACCUGGCACCAUGUGGGGUUCACAUAUGACUACUCCACUGGUCUGCAAAGGCUCUACGUAAAUGGCACUAUGGUGGCAGAGAGCAAUGUUGGCAAUCAUGAAAUUGCUACCAAUUAUGAGAUGUACUUCGCGAAAAGCUACGGUCUGAAAUUGACAUCAUCAAGUGGAUACAAAUUAAAAGCCCGCAUGAAUUGUUUCCAAAUAUACGACCAAGCCCUCAGCCCUGACCAUGUGAAGGCAGCAAGAGAUAGGUGCACUAGAAAAGAAUUGUUCAGGCAGUGUUUCAAUUAUCAAGUAUUAAAGAGUUUUGUCACGGCAAAGAACUACGUCUGGUAUGGCUUCAAAGGUAAUAAGGCAAAGAAAAUACGAUCCAGCUGCCCUUCUAAGUCGGAUUGCCAAGUCUGGACCAACAGUACACACCCUUCAAGACCGCAAGGAACGGUAGAACACGAGCUGUGCGUUCGUGGGGCGAGUGGCUGCUGUGAACAGAAGGCGAGGGUGGAGAUACGACAAUGCUAUGGCUAUAACGUCUACAAGUUCAAGGGUCUCCCACCUCUUGAUGCACACAUCAUGAUAUGCCUCGCAACAGAUACUGACAACGAUGCGCCGGAAAAGAUAUUCGGGCCAAUGCCUGGUUACCGCCUCAUCAAUCACGUGAUCUAUACCGAAACUCGCGUCCCCUCCCCCACUGUUUGCAUCGGUUAUUGCCUUUUGGAUGACAAGAGAUGCAAGUCCGUGAACUACAGCGCGCGAGACAACGGAAUCUGCCAACUGAACAACGCUACAGAGUUUGACGGACACCUAUCAAUGAAUCAGACAUGGGAUUACUACAAGCCAUUACAGUUUAUUACCAUUGAAUAAAUCAAGCACAUCACAAGAAGAGUCGACACAAGCAGUAGCUGACCAGCAGUCAACACAAGCGAAAACUGACCAGCGGUCGAGAAGGCACAAGUGAUGAACGGUGGGAACACAGAACACGGCAGACAACCGAGUGAAUACUGACCAGCGGUCGAUCCUGGUGAAUAGAACAGCGCGGUCAAUGGACUGGGUACUGGCAAGUGGUAGACAAAAGCAAUAACUGGCCAGCGAUCAACACAAGUGAACACUGACAAGCGGUUGGUUCCAAGAAUAUACUGGCUAUCGGUCAACGAAAGUGAUUACUGACCAAUAGUCAAUAUAAGUGAAUUUUGAUCAGCGGUCAACACAAGUGAAUACUGACCAGCGGUCAACAUUAGCAAUGCAAACUUGUAGGGUCACAUGCAACAAACGUAAUAUCGAGUACCUUGCAAUAUAAUUCUUUUCUCAUCGAUGUAAUAUAGUAAACAAGUGUAAUUAUUGCGGGUACACCACAUUUUUCUUUUGGCUGGGAAAGGAGGGGGAUGCUAAACUUACAGUUGGAUCAUUGUUCCCCAUACAUGGUGGUGCAAAGACAUGCCACUCAAUUUUUUGAGGUCAUAAUCGCUAAAAUAAUUAAACUUUGAGGUGCGAUUUUUGGAGGGGAGCAUCGAGACAUCAUACCCCUACCCUCUCAGUGUCAGGCCACGCCUUCUCCCACGGAGAGCAUGUGACGCCGUAUACAUUUAAUUUCAUAGUCAGUUUGGCAUUUAAAUUUAUAUCGUUGCCAAUGCUAUUGUAGCAUAUCAAAGAAUUUCAUCCGACGUUCUCUAUGUCAAGCUUACGUGACUGAUUUUGCAGUAGCAAAUUUGUUCCAAAAUAGAAGUAGAGACCUAUUUAGAGACUUUAGUGUCGACUCGAGAAUGUAAAUGUGUAAAUGCAACACCACUGACCAAGGCAUGCCUCCUCCGCAGGCGUCUCUAAGCGUUAGAAACAAUCGAAAAACCUUGUGGGUUUCCUGUGGUCGACAUAUUUUCUGGGCAAAAGUGAUGCCUGCGGAGGAGGCGAGGGAUGUCCCACUUUUAAGCAAAUAUAAAGUGCACUGUGCAUCUAAGCUUUACUCUGCAACAUCUACUCAUUGUAAAAAUUCCUGUGAGUUAGAAUAAAUUCUUGGAGUACCUUC